AUGGACGAGGCGUGGGAGAGGGCGGUGGAGGCGGCGCUCCACACCGCCGGCGAGGGGAGCUCGUCGCCGGCGAGGAGCCUGACCCUCGACGGCGCCGUCAAGUGCAUGCACGGGCGCUUGCCGGCGCCGGAGAUACUGGAGCGCCACCAGAGCCUGGAGCAUCUCUCGAUCGCAGGCGUCGGGGUCGCGUCGCUCGCGGGGUUCCCCCGGCUGCGGAACCUCACGCGCCUGACGCUCUCCGACAACCGCAUCGCCGGCGGGCUCGAGCACCUCGUCGAGGCGGGGCUCGGUUCGCUGCGCGACCUCGACCUCAGCAACAAUCGCAUCCAAGAUGUGGACGACCUCGCGCCGCUCGCCCGCCUCCGCCUCGUCUCACUCGACCUCUACGAGUGCCCCGUCACGCGGGUCAAGGACUACAGAUCCAGGGUGUUCGGGUUGAUCCGGACUCUCAAGUACCUCGACAAGAUGGACGCCGACGAGAACGAGCGCCCGGAGUCGGACGACGACGACGACGAUGGGGACGGCGAAGGUGAUGGCGAGGAAGAAGAUGAUGAUGAGGACGACGAUGACGAGGAUCCUGGAAGCGGCGAGGUGGCAAACGGGGGCGUCUCCCACUCGCGAGGUAGCGUGGCACCGCGCCCGGUGGAGGUGAAUGGGGUGAUCGAUGUGGAUGAGGAUGAGAGCGAGGCCGACGAGGUCGUGCCCAAUGGGGGAGCCGAACACCACCACAGGGCCAACGGGUUCAGGGUUGCAGCGGUUGGGGUAGCCCCUGAUGAGGAUGAUGAAGACGUGGAGGAUGACGACGACGAUGCAGACGAAGAGUAUGAGGAGGAGGAUGAUUUGGGAGAGGAGAUAGAUGAGGAGGGUGAUGAAGAUGACACUGUUGUUGAGGUACUUGACGUGCCCAGUAGUGAUGAUGAGGAGGAUGGCAUCGAUGAGGAUGAUGAUGAUGAGGAGGAGGUUGAGGAUGAUGAUGGUGAGGAGGCUGAGCCAGAGAGUAGUGGGAGGGUUGCUACGGCGGUGGGGGGCGUUGGAGAAGAGAUCGAUGGACAUGAGCAAGGUGAAGGUGAUGAUGAGGAUGAGAAUGGUGAGAUCGGAGAGGAAGACGAGGAAAGAUUGGAGGAUAGUAGGGUUUAUGAGGAGGACAACGAUGAUGACGAUGCUGAUGAUGAGGAUGAAGACACAGAAUAUCUUGUUCAACCAAUUGUGACGCCCCAAGCCGUGGCUGUUGGUAGUCCAGGGGACUUUGAUAUUGCUGACCCUGAUGAUGUUGAUGAAGACAGAGACGAGGUCGAUGAUGAUGACGACGAGGGUGGCGCAGACCAGCCGUCGUCCUCGCAGGGUACCAAGCGGAAGAGGGAUGAUGACCCAUCAGGCAGUGGCAGCGACGAUGAGGAUGAUGAUAAUGAAGACCCGAGGCCGUUCAAGCACCAGUGA